AUGGCGACACUCACCCACGCGGGACAGACCCAAAAGGUGGCCAGCGACACGCAGAGUGCGCUGGAUUUCGCGACCGACCGACCGACCGACCGCCGCCGCCACCGCCGCGCGCUCUCCGCCGCUCGUCCGGGCCGCGAACUUCGGAGUGGCCGGCCGGGUCAUGGGGGCGUCCCCGGACAGGAUCACGUAGCCACGGCGCCCCGGAGAGCCCGAGUGGCCCCGAAGCGACCGCCAAGUCCUUCCCACGUCCUGGCCAUGGGCAGCCGUGGCGCUACCCUGUGCGCGGCGCAACCCGCGGUAGCCGAGGGCGGCCCGGCCCGCGAGCCGCUGCAGCUGCUGGAGGGGUCACCCCGCAAGAGGCUGACCGCCGGGCCGGAACAGGACCCCUACGGCAGCCGCCCUGCGCCCGAGGGCGCCGGGGCAGGGGCAGGCGCAGAGCAGGGCCAUUCGGCCGGUGGAGGCGGGUGGUGCCGCCACUGCCACACGAAGCUCGCCGAGCUCAAGCGACAAGCGUGGAAGCUGGUCAGCGGGCCCGGGACAUCCCUCCGGGAUCCAUGUCUCUCUGCUCUGCUUCUUGACAAGCUGCCGGCACCUGGGGCUCUGCCUGCGUGUCGCCCAGAGGCCGAGCGCCGCUGUGACGUCUGUGCCGCACACCUGAACCAGCUCACGCGGGAGGCCCUGCGGCUGCUGCAGGCCCCUGCCAGCCGCGAAGAGCUGGAUGCCCCUCACGGAGGCUCUGGCCUCGCGCCCCCCAGCCCUGGCGCUGCCGCCAGCCCGAGGGAGGUACCAGCGCUGGCGGGCCUGGUGGGGAGGCAGCCGGGCCGAGUGGGACCAGACCGGAGAAAGGGGCUGGCCUGGCCGUCCGGGCCCAGUGUCCAGGUGUCGGUGGCGCCUGCUGGCUUGGGCGGGGCCCUGAGCACGGUCACCAUCCAGGCUCAGCAGUGCCUGGACGGCAUGUGGAGCGUCUCGCGGGUCAACAGCUUCCUGCCGCCGUCAUGCCUGGCUGAAGCAGCGGUGGCCGCGGUGGCGGUGGCGGACACAGUGCGGGAUGGCCCCCCUUCCGUGGGACCUGAUGGUGUGCCGAAGACAUGGGGCCGCGGUGGGGCCUGCACUGCAGCCCUGGUCACUCCAGCCCCCGGCGCCCCGGCGGGGGGCACCUCGGGCCCGUCGGCGGCAGCCUCCUUCUUCCUCAGGGCGGCCCAGAAGCUCAGCCUGGCCUCCAAGCGCAAGAAGCCCCACCCACCACCACCCCCUACCACCCGCGGAGCCUCCACCUACCCCACGGACUUCAGCGGGGUCCUGCAGCUGUGGCCGCCCCCCGUGCCCCCCUGCCUGCUCAGGGCUGCCUCGAAGACCAAGGACAACCCCAGCAGCGCCGGAAAGGUGAAGGUCAUGCUGCGGAUCUGGCCGGCACAGGGGGCCCAGCGCUCGGCAGAGUCCACGUCCUUCCUGAAGGUGGACCCUCGGAAGAAGCAGGUGACCCUCUAUGACCCUGCCGUGGGGACCCCGGGCAGCUCGGGCCCCCGACGUGCCUGCUCGGCUUCCAUUCCCAAGAUGUUUACCUUUGAUGCCGUCUUCCCCCAGGACUCGGAGCAGGCCGAGGUCUGCUCGGGGACAGUGGCCGACGUGCUCCAGUCUGUGGUCGGGGGAGCAGAUGGCUGCGUUUUCUCCUUUGGCCACACAAGCCUUGGCAAGUCCUACACCAUGAUCGGGAAGGACAGCUCACCCCAGAGCCUGGGCGUCAUGCCCUGUGCCAUCUCCUGGCUCUUCCGGCUCAUCGACGAGCGCAAGGAGAGGACGGGCACCCGCUUCUCGGUCCGCGUCUCGGCCGUGGAGGUGUACGGCCGGGACCAGAGCCUGCGGGACCUGCUGGCCGAGGUGGCCUCUGGCAGCCUCCAGGAUGCCCAGUCUCCGGGUGUGUACCUGCGGGAGGACCCUGUCUGCGGGGCGCAGCUCCAGAACCAGAGCGAGCUGCGGGCACCCACAGCUGAGAAGGCGGCCUUCUACCUGGACGCCGCACUGGCCGCCCGCAGCCCCGGCCGGGCCGGUGGCAGCGAGGACGCCGGGUGUGGCUCCCACAUGCUCUUCACGCUGCACGUCUACCAGUACCGCGUGGAGAAGUGCGGCAAGGGGGGAAUGUCUGGAGGCCGCAGUCGCCUGCACCUUAUCGACCUGGGCAGCUGUGAGGGGGUGCCUGGCAGGGCUGGAGAGGCCCCUGGGGGACCCCUGUGUCUGUCCUUGUCAGCCUUGGGCAGUGUCAUCUUGGCGCUGGUCAGUGGAGCCAGGCACGUGCCCUACAGGGAGCACAGGCUCACCAUGCUGCUGCAGGAGUCCCUGGCCACCCCCAGCUGCCGCACUGCCAUGAUCGCCCACGUCUCUGACGCGCCGGCCAGCCAUGCGGAGACACUCAGCACCGUGCAGCUGGCAGCCCGCAUCCACCGCCUGCGCAGGAAGAAGGUCAAGUACACAUCUAGCUCCUCGGGUGGGGACAGCUCCUGUGAGGAAGGCCAAGCCCGCCGGCCACCGCACCUGCGACCUUUCCACCCCCGCUCAGUGGCCCCAGACCCUGACCGCCUGGCCCCUAGCUCGCCCGGCGACCCUGACUAUUCAUCCAGCAGCGACCAGUCCUGCGACACAGUCAUCUACGUGGGGCCUGGCGGGACCGCGCUGUCGGACCGCGAGCUCACUGACAACGAGGGCCCGCCUGACUUUGUGCCCAUCAUCCCGGCCCUGAGCCACCACCGGCCCUCUGAAGGCCCACCAGACGCUGACCACUUCCGCUGCAGCACCUUCGCAGAGCUGCAGGGGCUGCUGGGCCGCAUCGAUGGCAGUGAGGGCCCGUCGGGAGCCCCGGGCGGAGUCGACAGGGCCCAGGCCAGCCUGGCCCACGGCAGCAGGAAGCCCUCGCCGCCCGAGGCCGUGGCCCCCAGGAAGGCGGUGGGCUCCCUGAUGGCUGCCAGCACACCCCGCAGCAGCCCUGGCUCAGACGCCCGCCGGGGUGGCCCGGAACCCUCCAGGGCUGGCGGGGACCAGAGGGAGGACUGCACCAGGCCUGAGCUGCCUACGCCGGACAAGGCCACAGGGGCCGGGGGGCGGAGGCCGCUUCCCAGCCCGGCACCCCCCCCACCUCGGCAGCCGGAAGCUGGCAGAGCCCUGGAGGACCCUGGGGGAGCCAAGGCUGUGGUACGGACGCCCCCCGUGGGCAUGAGCGGGCAGGCGGGCUGCCCCUGCUCACCAGCACGCGGCCACCGCCUGGAGCGGGGCCUGCUGACCACCACGGUGACCCUGCAGCAGCCCGUGGAGCUCAACGGCGAGGACGAGUUGGUGUUCACGCUGGUGGAGGAGCUGAGCCUGGGGGGCCUUGCUGGCCCCGGGCGUCCUGCCAGCCUGGCCAGCUUUGGCAGUGACUGCUCCCUGCGGGCCCUGGCCUCGGGCUCGCGGCCGGUCAGCAUCAUCAGCAGCAUGAACGACGAGUUCGACGCCCAAACCUCCCAGGCCCCCAGCAGGUCCCCGGACAGCACGGCCGACGUCUGCACAGCCGACAGCCUGGGCCUGGUGCCACACCCUCCCUCGCGGGCCAGCCCAGACCCCUGCAGCCCUGACUCGUCAGCAGGGCCUGAGGCUCUCGGCCCCCUGCUCCUGGAGGACUCCCUGGAGGACAGCAGCUUCCAGCUUGCAGUGCACCGCCGCCCAGGCAGCCCGGCCCCUGCCCCGAGUCCUCGUCCUGGGGAGCAGGCGGCAGCAGCUCCCACCCGACCUGGCCAGGAGCCCCAGGCUGCGUCUCCCCGGGGAGCAGCCCCAGCACAAACUAUCCACUCCAGCCUUCCCCGGAAACCGAGAACUACCUCAGUGGCCGAUCGUGUGGGCUGUCCUCGCCUGGCCCCAGGCCCACCUGGCCCUGGAGGCCUCUUUGAGGACCCUUGGAUGCUCCGGGCGGACGAAGGUGGUUCGCUCCACCUGGCCUCUGCCAGCAGGGCCCCCAGCCCGGCCCCAGUGCUAGCUUGUGCCCGGAGGGUGGUGGAUGGCUGUGAGCUAUCCAGAGCAGUCCACAGACCUGAGGCCGUGGCUCAGAUCCCACCGCUGCGGAGGGGGGCCACCACGCUGGGUGUGACCACGCCCUCCGCAUCCUUUGGGGAUGCCCCAGCCGAGGCAGUGGCCUGCUUGGCCAGCCCGAAGGCUGCCUCCUGCAGCAGGAAGAGUGUGGCUCCCAAAGGGGGCCUCUGUCUGAAGCCUAGCGGGGUGGCCCCCCCUGCCCCGCCUGUGCGCAAGUCCAGCCUGGAGCACAAGAGUGGCCUGGCCGUGGCCCUUCCCCAGGCCGGGGGCCUGGUUUGGGCUGGGGCUUCUGCCCUCCUCCGAGGGGAGGGGGAUGCCAGGCCCAGUGGCCGGACUGACCACUCCGUCCCCAGGGCCACGUCCAGCCUGAAAUCCCGGGCUGGCAAGCCAGAGGCGGUGAGCCAUCCUGCCGCCCACGGGUCUCUAGAGCGGUGUGAGGGCCUGGUGCACAGCAGCAAGGCCAGGGAAGGCCCCGGGAGGCCGGCCCGGGCUGUGCCUAGGUUGGGUGUGCCUCCCACCAGCCCCACACCCUUGCCUGCUUCUGCCUGUAGGAGCAGCCCGAUCAAGGCUGUGGGGGUCCCCAAGCCCCCCGCCAGUGGAAGCAAGGGCCGCAGCCUAGUGGCUGGCGGGUCCAGGGCUCCUGGUACUUCGGUGAAGCUGCUGGGCCCUGCAGCCGGCAGGAGCGCUGGUGGCCCUGUGAUGGGUCCCAGGGUCACCCCCCGGGCGGUGCCGGGAGCUGGGGCCAGAGCCAGCCGUGGCACUGUCAUGGGCACAAAGCAGGCGCUCCGGGCUGCCCACAGCCGAGUCAACGAGCUGGCGGCCAGUGGAGCCCGCGGCCGAGGCGGCCCCUCGUGGGGCUCGGCCGACUCGGACAGUGGCAACGACAGUGGCGUGAACGUGGCCGAGGAGCGGCCGCCCGCGGGCCCGGCUCUGCCCUCUCCUUACAGCAAGGUGACUGCUCCGCGGCGGCCCCAGCGUUACAGCAGCGGCCACGGCAGUGACAACAGCAGCGUGCUGAGUGGGGAGCUCCCUCCCGCCAUGGGCCGCACUGCCCUCUUCUGCCACAGCGGCGGCAGCAGCGGCUACGAGAGCAUGAUGCGCGACAGCGAGGCCACCGGCAGCGCCUCCUCCGCCCCCGACUCCAUGAGUGAUAGUGGGGCUGCCUCCCCGGGUGCCCGCGCCCGCAGCCUCAAGUCCCCCAAGAAGAGGGCCACAGGUCUGCAGCGGCGACGGCUGAUCCCAGCCCCGCUGCCCGAUGCCGCGGCCCUGGGCCGCAAGCCCAGCCUCCCUGGGCAGUGGGUGGGCCUGCCCCCGCCCGGCUCGCUGAAGGAACCCUUCGAGAUCAAGGUGUACGAGAUCGAUGACGUGGAGCGUCUGCAGCGGCACCGUCCUCCCCCCAGGGAGGACCCGGCUGAGCCCUCCCAGGACCCCGAGAAGGGCCCGGUGGGCAUCAGCGCGCAGCUGCGGCUGGCCGAGCGCAGGCAGCAGCGGCUGCGGGAGGUGCGCGCGAGGCACGAGCUGCUGUGCGAGGAGCUGGCGGAGACCCAGGGCCGACUGAUGGUGGAGCCUGGCCGCUGGCUGGAGCAGUUCGAGGUGGACCCUGAGCUGGAGCCUGAGUCGGCUGAAUACCUGGAGGCCCUGGAGCGCACCACGGCUGCCCUGGAGCAGUGUGUGAACCUGUGCAAGGCCCACGUCAUGAUGGUCACCUGCUUCGACAUCAGUGUCACCCCCUCGGCUGCCGCCCCAGGGCUACAGGAGGUGGAUGUCUGAGGCUGGGCACCGAGACACGGGGGAGGGGACGUCAGGGGCUCGAGGACAGGACGUGGGAUGGAGUGAGAAUGUGGCGGGGGUUGGAGGGACGAGGAUGCAGAGGGCCUGGUGCAGGACUGGGGGUCUUGGGCGUGAUGGAGUGUGGGGGAGGCAAGGGGCCAGCUAAGCGGCCCAGACGGAAGAGCGAGCGUGCAGGAGACGGGAGGACUGUCGCCUCCCAGGCAGCAACGCAAGUGCCUUUAACCUUGGACUGGACUUCUUUCCUUAUUGCAUUUGGUGCUGAGGACUCGAGACACCAGCAGACGGUGUGUGUGGGGCUGCGGCCUGGGUGGGGCUGUGGCUCUGGGGGCGGUGGAGUCAGCUGUUUGAGCUGAUCUUGCCUUUUUUUUUUAGCAGCCAAGCAGUUUCAUGUAGCAGGACAGCCCUGGACUCACCGGGCCUGUCUUAGGGUUCAGGAUCACUUUUCCUUUAUAGUGUUUCCUCUUGGCAGGGCCUGUCUUAGGGGUCUCUGGGCCCUGGGGCCACGUGUAGUUCUCUCCGCAGAUUGAGCCAGUGGGGUCUUCCGGCAGAGGUGGCCGACCCUCCCUCACCCAGGACCGGGAGGGCAGUGCCCAAGGGCUGAGUUGAAGGCACGUGGCGCCUUCUUCCACGGCAGGAAUUCUUACCAAAACCACAAGCAAAAAACAAAACAAAUAAGAGAUGAGGGAAUGAGGGUUUUGUAAACAUUCUGUUAGGUUCAUAUUUUUAUAUCAUUUUGCCUAUAAAUGAGGUAUUUGCAGUGGGAAUUUGAAGACAAAUGAUCUAUGUUUUUAUGGUUUUCUAGGUAGGGUGCGCCUGGGCAGGGUGGGGUCCCCGGAAGGCACUUCUUGCCAAAUGAAGACCAGGGGUGAGCUCAGUUUUCUGACCGUUGUGCAUUUUCUAGGGUCGUCCAAGCCUUUGUACAAAUGUGUAGAUAAUCUCUUGCCACAGCUUUUAUUUGUGAAUAAAAGAUGCACCUGUUGUUCACA